AUGAUCCACCAGAUUUUGCUCGCCAUCUGUUUGCUUUUUGCCGUUUCUUAUGCUUGGACCAUCGAUGGUAAGUACGCAGCCAAAUCAAGAUUAGCAUUAGAUACUCAGGUAGAGAAGGUACGCAGUCAAAGCUCUCAUUUUGAUGGGAGACAUUAGAAAAUUUACUGCGUACCUAGAAAUUUGGACGUUAAAUGAGGUUAAAGAGUCUAGAACACACAUUGUGGUCCCAUAUAGAAAAAAAAUGAUGAAGUACCGUACCCAAGAGCCCAAACUCACCGAAUUUCUCGACAUUCCGGUGUCCAGCGAAAACAAGAAAUUUUGCGGGAUUUUCGAAAAAUGUGGUAUCACAUUGAAAAUAACAUUCGAUGCUGAUGAGUUUCCCGUUGAUAAAAAAUUUGUUUGUUGACUUUUUGGCAUGUUGUUAUUAUUAUGAUUCGAUGAAAAUCGAACACGAUAACAUUUGUCGACAUCCGAAAAUAUCAAAUCUUCCGCGGUUGGCAUUUUUUGAGAGGUGUCGGGGAAAAAAAGUUUUGAAAAAAUGAAGUUUGAAGUCGAACUGUUGACAUUUAUAUUUGGAUUUGACCAUCCAUUUUCUCACCUUCGAGUGCGUGAGAAAAUUUUCUGAGGGGUGGAACAGUAUGCGGCAAAAUUCGAAUUUCAAAACUCUUCUUGCAGGCUCGGCCCUCCUUCCAGCCCAUCAAAUUGGCCGAAAUCACGAGGCCAACUACUUCAAACAACGAUUUUUGUCGGCUUUUCGAACCAUUGAUCCACAUGUCUCCGAAAGCACUUUGGAUCGAUUCACUCGAUUCGUUCGAGAAGAUUAUGAUUGA